CUCACGUGUGGUUGGCCAACCUGUAUGGCGUGGACAACAGCGGAACUGCCAUCUUGUUUCGAUUAUAGCUUGGCGCCUUUCCUGUGUACGUUCGUUUGGGCUCUGUAGUGAAGUGAUUGUGAAUUACACGUUUCAAAAUGGCUGGAGGUAAAGCAGGCAAAGAUUCAGGCAAAGCCAAGGCAAAAGCAGUGUCCAGAUCGGCCAGGGCAGGCCUUCAGUUUCCUGUUGGAAGAAUCCACAGACAUCUUAAAAACAGAACAACAAGUCAUGGUCGAGUUGGAGCCACAGCGGCAGUUUAUUCAGCGGCUAUUCUUGAAUAUCUCACCGCAGAGGUAUUGGAGUUGGCGGGAAACGCCUCUAAAGAUCUUAAAGUGAAGCGUAUCACACCACGUCACUUGCAGCUAGCAAUCAGAGGAGACGAGGAGUUGGACAGCUUGAUUAAAGCCACCAUAGCUGGUGGUGGUGUCAUCCCACACAUACACAAAUCUCUCAUCGGAAAGAAAGGUGGUCCAGGAGCACCUGUUUAAUUUAAGUUACUUCUGUAAGAUUUGCAUUGCAUUUGACUCCGGGCAUGAUGUCAGCAUUCUAAGUUCAUCACCUAAUUGUAAACAUAGAUUACUAAUAAAAAUAGUGGUUGGUGGAAAUAAACAGUGGAGUGACUUCAGAGAACAGUUGGUCCGGACUUGUAGCUAUAAGUGUUAGAAUAAGCAGAUUUAAAUAUGAUUAGAAUUAAGUUUGAAUUCCUUGGUUUGUUAAUGGGAUAUUUCUGCUGAAGAAUGUACAAUUAAUUUUGUGUACUGCUUAAAUUAUUUUGCUGCCAGCUUCUGAAGCCAUUAGAAGCUGGUGCAAUAUAAUUUAUAUUAAUUAAUAUUAUACUUGAACUCAUGUGUAACUGUAUUUGUUUGUAAGCUUAAAGCUGUUGUAAUAUUAUUUUACAGCAUUUUGUAUUUUUGACAUUUUGUACUAGCCAAUGUUGUUCUAAAUUGUAAUUCGGUAUGAUUGAACUGUUACAAAUUGUAAGAAAUGUAUUUUGAACUUUAAAAUAUAACAAAAGAAAGCUCA